GGCGGCGGCCAGGAGGGAGCGGGGUCCUUCCGCGCCGCGCGUCGCCGCCGGUGGGUCGUGAGAGCUCGCGUGCCCACCAUGUACUACAAGUUCAACGGCUUCACGCAGCGCCUCGUCGGGGCUGCGGCCUCCGCCGCCUACAACCCGCAGGGACUCAAACCAAUAGUUUCCACUGAAUCCCCAGCUCUGGUUUUUGGGACAACAACUAAACUUGCUUCAGAUUUACCAGCAACUGAUUCUUUCUUGGGUAAAAACCAGGUGCCAGACCUACAGAAACUUUUUCAGAAAGCAGAUGGGCUGCCUGUACACCUGAAACGAGGAGUUCCGGAUAGGCUGCUUUAUCGGACCACUAUGGCUCUCACAAUAGGCGGGACAAUCUACUGUCUAGUAGCACUGUACAUGGCCUCACAACCAAGAAGCCAAAAGUAGAUGAACCAUGACUCACAGGACUCAAUUCUUGGAAAGACCUCCUGCGUGUUUCUCUUUACCUGCUUCUUAAUUCUAUGAUCAUUUAAUGUUCAUCUUUUCAGAUCAAAUUUCUUGGAGGAAGAUGUUUUUACGUUGGUUGCCUUAUGUGUUCUAGAAAUUAAUAUAAACAAUGACUUUUAGUCAUCAUCUUAACUUACGGUUGCAGCUCAGUAUUUGUUGUCUCGCAGGAGCGUAUGAAGUUGGAGAAAGCUGAACUUUUUCUUCUAAUCCCCACUCAGCUUCAAUAAUGUUGGAGAUAGGACAGAAGUACCACUUUCUGGACUAGGCUCCACAUUUCUUAGUGGGAGCUUGCUGCUAGUUUCCAAAAGAGUAAAAGAAAAUCAUUUAAUUUUUAUGAGAUCCGCUGCUCAUUUUACAUAAGCAAGUGGCAGUGGAACUUCUCUAAAUGUUGGCAUAUCAUUAAAUACUUGUUCCUCUGAUGAUAGGGCAAACAGUUUAUCCCCUUGGAACAUGUAAACUGGAUUUAUUUAAUGUGAACAUCACGGUAUGCAGCAGUACUCUAGCAUCAGUUGUACCAGUUUUUGGACUUCUUGGACUCAUUUGUCAGAUGCUCUCAUGCAAUAAAAAUAAAUACACAAGUAAUAAAA